AUGGAGCUCGGUAGUUCCUUUCUUUUGGAAGACUCACUUUCUUCCUAUGUUUUUCCGUGGCUCGUCACUGCUUCUUCGAGUCUGCAGACCAUGGCGUUGCCCCGGCACUUUUUAUUUUCGUCGGCAGCGUGGCUCUGUGAGUCAGUGCCGUCGCGCGAGCUGAAAAUUGCGCCCACUGGGCGACCGACUCGUCAAUGGAAGGCCCCCGGCUCAUGUUACCUGUUCUGGGGGGUGGCUGUCUUCGUGGCGGUUGCCCUGUCGGCCUCGCCGGACGAUUGGUGCGCAGGUACGUCAUUGUUCCCUGCAUUCGCGUGUGCUGAAGCAGCCGGUGCGGAAGGCCCGCAGGAAGCGAGUGGCGAGAACGACCCGUCGCAGGGAGGAGGAGAGGGCAGAAAUAAGCAGGGCAAGCCGCCCGGUGAAUCUAGUUCGUCUUCUUCACGGACGUCAUGGUCGCCGAAACGCCCCCAACCCCUACCGGAGGAGCGCGUGUUACCGGCUUUGCGGCUGUUUGAGAGCGUUCACGGCCAGAUGACUCUCUUCUUCAAGGGGUUUUCAAGGCAAGGAAGCCUCAUCGCUUACGACCUGCUAGAUGAACUGCGUACUGUGGACGAAGCGCGCAUGAUGAUGGAUGUCGAGUUCCUCGUCCUUGACCGGCUGAUGGAGCACUACGACAGCACGAGGCACCUUCGAGUUGUUGACACCUCCAUCAUCCACAAAAUGCUCAACCUGGGCAAUUUGUUGCCGUGGAGGAUCCCGAGAGUUCUCACAGAUAUCAAGAAGAUGGUGCUGGAGUAUAAGCCGGUUCUCACUCAGUUCCUCAACCGAUACGAGAAGCUGAUUGAGGUUCUUAUCCUCACAAAUGUGCCUCGUGCCUUGAGUCCAUUUCGUGGUCUCAUCGCGGCGCUUAUUGGCGUACCUCGCCAAAAGCUCGUUUUUGCCUCAUCUCUCGCAGACCUCGAAGCCUAUAUUCCACGUCACCACAUUCCACGGGAAUUCUGGAAUCCUACAGGUGGCCCUGUUCGCGAGGGAAAGGAAAACACAGUCAGCUGGAGGAUUAUGUUGGAGGAGGUUAAGGCUAAGCUGGGCAGUGAUGCCGUGACGCCGGCAGGGCACGAGCUUCUGCGGAAAAUCAAAGAGGAGGAAGCGAGCGGAGAGCAGACGGCUGCGGGCGCUGGAGCCCCUGACGCUCAAGCUUCAUCCAGUCAGGGUCCCUCAAAGGGACAAGAGAUUGAGGAGUUUUUGUUAUUCUCGGGAGACGUUAACGUAAAUGCGGACGGGGCAAAGCCUGCUGAUACAACCCCGGCACCCCGUAACACUCCGCUGUCCCCCGAGUUCCCCUCUCUAUUUGAUGAAUUAGGCUCUAUUGGCGCUGAUGACUUCGACGAUCUGGACUGA